AUGUGACCUGUGCUGUCUGGCUGUGGGCAAAGUGCACUUCCCCUCCCCAUUGAGUCUUCUCUGGCCCAUGACUGACUUUGAGGGAGUGUGUGGAAGGGGGAUGCACACUCUACUUGAGCAGAAGCUGCAGGGGUCAUCCCUUGCUUCUGCCCUGGUUUAAAAAAAAGGCGGGGGGGAGAGUACUCCAGAUAGGGCUACAUGCCAGAAUAGAGAGAUAACACAUGGAGAAAGAACAAGCACAACUGGCCUGCAGUUACAGAGGAAACACAAAAAUAGAAGAGGCUUGUGAAAUGUAUACCAGAGCUGCAAAUAUGUUCAAGAUGGCUAAAAAUUGGAGUGCUGCAGGAAAUGCAUUUUGUCAGGCAGCCAAGCUCCAUAUGCAGCUUCAGAGCAAGCAUGAUUCUGCCACCAGCUUUGUCGAUGCUGGCAAUGCUUACAAGAAGGCAGACCCUCAAGAGGCUAUCAACUGCUUAAAUGCAGCCAUCGACAUUUACACAGACAUGGGAAGGUUUACAAUUGCAGCCAAGCACCACAUCACCAUUGCGGAGAUCUACGAGACUGAACUGGUAGACAUUGAGAAGGCUAUUGCACAUUAUGAACAAUCAGCUGAUUAUUACAAAGGGGAAGAAUCCAACAGUUCAGCUAACAAGUGUCUGCUGAAAGUGGCAGCAUAUGCUGCCCAGCUGGAGCAGUACCAGAAAGCCAUCGAGAUCUACGAGCAGGUUGGGGCAAACACCAUGGAUAAUCCAUUGUUGAAGUACAGUGCAAAGGACUACUUCUUUAAAGCAGCCCUCUGUCACUUCAUAGUAGAUGAGCUGAAUGCCAAGCUUGCUCUUGAGAAAUAUGAAGAGAUGUUUCCAGCAUUUACUGAUUCAAGGGAAUGUAAGUUAUUGAAAAAACUUCUAGAAGCUCAUGAAGAACAGAACAGUGAAGCUUACACUGAAGCAGUGAAGGAAUUUGACUCAAUAUCUCGCUUGGAUCAGUGGCUCACGACCAUGUUGCUUCGUAUCAAAAAGUCCAUCCAAGGGGAUGGAGAAGGAGACGGAGACCUAAAGUGAACAUUUAUGUCUUUGUGGCAUGCAGCUGACUCCUCUUUAGUUUCAUGUUAGGGCCACAUGAUCUUUACAGGAUGCCCAUUAAAUGGCUUAAUUCUGUUGCACAUGGGCCAAACCAUCUGUGUGUUUAAGCUCCCUGUGUUUGUGUCUUCGUGAAGUGGACGGCUGGGAAGCUCCUGUGCAUAUUGUGGGUGCAAUGGGCUAUUUCAUGUUUGUCAGAGACCCAGAGUUUUCUGAGAACUACUUCAGAAUCUUAUUCCUGUUGUUUUGAUAUCAGCAGAGCCUGUGUUUAACUUUCUCGUGUAUUUUUAUGUCAUUUUCUUAGACUGGAGUACCCAGCCUAAUCAUUGUAAUAGAUGCUUUGCAUACUUUCCACAAAUUCGCACCUGGAUGUAUUCUCUAAGUUUACAUGUUUAGUUCAGGAUGGUUGUUAGGAAUGAGCUUUAUGGCUUUACUUACUAGAAAUGGUUUUUGUUGUUCUUGUGAUUCUUUUGAUGGUGCUAGUGACCAUUUGUUUGCUUUUUAUAUUGUUGUGUUGGCUAACAUGCAUGCAAAAAUUCAGAACAGCCGGGGUCUGCCAGCAUCACUUACUUAACAUUGUGAGAAAAGGGACCUUCCUGGCAGGGCUUGCUGAUGUGUGUGGGCCAAUGUCAGGGUGAGUCUGAUGGAUUUAUACUCCUUCACACACUAGAGAUCUGUACAAAACAGUUUUUCCUUUUCCUGGAGAUAGUUCCCACUUUUAGUUGGGGUGGAACCCUUUAUAUUCACAUAAAAGUGAUUUGAAAGGCAUGUCCUUUUGUUUACUUUCACGUUCAUACACUUGUCCACGUUGAGAUGAUGCCUGGUGUGCCACUACCAUGUGAAUCCUUGUCAAGGCCACAGAGAGACCAGGUCAUUAAUUUUACCCUUUAAUUAAACGUGAUGGGUUAGGUGGUAUAAAUACGGUACAGAGGUUUACCAUAUGUCCAGUUGGGGAAGAAGGUCAACGAGCUUCUGAGGAAAAUUUAUUUUCUUCUCAGCUAGUGGAGUCAUUUUGGCUUGAAUGUUUGAAUUUAGUUGUCAUUUUGGUUUACAUAAUAUUUGCUCUAUUGAUUUAUGAAUUUAACAUGCUGAUACUGUGCUUUAGACAUGGUCUUGUUUUCUGAAUCUUCUCUGUAUUUUUUUUUAAAGAUUUUAUUUAUUUAUUUGACAGAGAGAGAUCACAAGUAGACGGAGAGGCAGGCAGAGAGAGAGAGAGGGAAGCAGGCACCCUGCUGAGCAGGGAGCCCGA